AUAAUAGACAUACAACUAGUUCUACCAAACACGCCGUAACAAGCGCGCCCAAACCGGUAAAAAACUGAAUUUCAUUUUUCAAUCCCCGCUUAUAUUCUCUUCAACCCGUUUGGUUUUACAGAGAUUUUCCGUAGGUCAGCCGGAAUCGGAGACCUCAGAUCGUUCUUUUGGCGUGCUCAGUGGGUCACUGUAUAGUGAGAUUUUAGGGCUUAAAUUUUGCUCCGUUAGCUUGUUGACCGUGAGAAGUGCAUGAAUUGCAGUAUCUAGUAGUGGAAUAGAGCCUGUGCUUGAAGGAUUUUGGGAAGUUGGUACUUGAUCAGAGCGCGUUACUCUUAAGCACUCCUACAGACAUCAGCAAGGGAAAUUAUGAGCAGCUCCAGGGAGGAGUCUCCUGACUGGCUGCGAGCUUUCCAGGCACCAACACAUUCAACAAUUUCAUUAUCCUCAGAUUCUGAGCCUUCACCAAAUGGAAGCCCUCCAGAAGAAGACAGAUCUAGUUGGGAAGAACCAACUUUUUUUAAAUCUUCCAAAAUUGCUGACAAGGACAAGAAUGUUGGUAAAAUUCAUGGUGAAAACAACAUUGCUAAGUCUCCAUCUAGUAAGAGGUCAAGGUUAAAGUCUCCAGAGAAAGGGAAAGGGCGUGAAGUAGAAGAUCAAGUUCCGCUGGAGAAGAAUAAAUCAGGAAGCCACAAGAAAAAGAAAGUGGAUAGUAGCAGCAAGAAGGUUCCCAAGAAAAAGGCUGAGAGUCCAAUAGAAUCCCGUGAGUUCAAUAAUUCAGUUUGGGAAUUAUCAUCAGGCUCUGAGUUAUGUCCCAACAGUAGCCCUAAAAGGGAGAAUCAUGUGGAACAUGGAGAAUCUUCAGACCACAAAACUUCUCAACGUCCAUUGAGAGGAAUGGGCGGCAGGGAUGCAGUUCUUAUUGGCAGCAGUGAAGAGUCUCCAUCUAAGAAGGCUUCAAAAGAAAAAUCUCCAAAAAAGGGGCUAGAAGCUGAUGGUCAGGCAGUUAUGAAAGAGAAGAAAAAGAGAGGCAGCAUGGAAAAAGAAGGAAACUGUGUUGAUGUCAAAAUCACAGAGGAAGAAGCCUUUGACAAGCAUGCUGAACCUCAAGUCUCCUCGUCAAGGUUGCCUUUGAUGCUUUCUGAGAAAGUCCAACGAUCAAAGGCACUUGUUGAGUGUGAAGGGGAUUCCAUAGAUUUGAGUGGUGAUAUGGGUGCUGUAGGGCGAAUUAUAAUUUCAGAUUCCUCAUCUGGAAAUCAUGAAAUGUUCUUGGAUUUGAAAGGAACUAUAUACAAAACAACAAUAGUUCCUUCGAGGACCUUUUGCGUUGUUAGCUUUGCUCAGUCAGAGGCAAAGAUAGAAGCUAUCAUGAAUGAUUUCAUUCAGCUGAAACCACAGUCAAAUGUUGAUGAAGCUGAAACCAUGGUCGAAGGAACACUGGAUGGUUUCUCAUUUGAUUCAGAGGAAGAGGGGGACAAACUGCCUAAAACCGCUGCUCAUCAAACUGAUGGUAAUGAAGAUAUUGAAGAACAAACCAACGGAAAAACAAAAGGGAAAGCUAAUAAAACAUCAGGGGUUGUACGGAAAAGAGGUAAAACUGCAGGUGGGAAGGCGCAGCCACAGAAGAAAACAAAGAAGAAACCUCCAGUUUCAAAGAAAGCCAAGACCAAAAAAUAAGACAAAUGUGUCUUGAGUCUCAUAGUUGAUAGGAGUAGGACAUAAAUUAGAGAUUUGUUAGUUCAAUUGUAGAUUUCAGUACAAUAACAGCCAUACAUUGCCACAUUUUUAGUGGUAUGCAUUUUAUAACUGGUUUCUCCAGUUCCUGAUUGUAACUUUGGAAUGAAUACGACUGACCUUCCAAGGCAAUAGUAUACUUGCAAUGUAAACAGACAAGAUUGCUUUCUUCAUCAA